ACGAGGAAAGUCGCCAUUUACGACAUAGUAGGGGAAGCUCAGCGCCUUCAUAGAUCUGCAUCUGAAAUCUCAAGUUUUGCCGGACUCACUCAAUGGAAUCAUCUUCGGAUCCAUCGAAACAAUUACGAGAUUCUGUAACUGAGAGGAAAAGGAAAGGACCGCCAUUCAAAUUCUUGGUCCCUCUCGUAUACGCUCCUGUUCUUCCCCUAGUUCGGUUGUCUCUGAGGCAUAAGCCAGUCCUGAGGGACAGGUUGUUCACUCUUGUCUUGGCAGGGGCUUUCGCUCAUGGGUUUUAUUUGGUAACGGAUAUAUACGACGCAGAGAGCAAAUGAGAACUCGGAAAACCUUUGAGACGCAAUCGAGAGACGGAAGAAGAAACUUACUCUUUCUCCUCUCAACCUCCAUUUGAAGAGAGCCUUAGUGUUUGUUUCUUGCUUGUGCACAUUCUCAAUGUGGUCAUUAUUGCUUUUAAAUUUCAUUGUUUGGUCUCUUUGGUACAACGUUAGAAGCAAUAAUUUACAUUAAGGACAAUUUGAUUCUCUGCCUUAGCCGAAAUUGUCGAGGCAUGUCGUCUUUCUUUGAAUGUUGCAACUGCUAAUUGUACAAGUUUUUUAGGCAUGGGCUAAAAAAACAUCACCAUGUGACUGUUGGCUUUGUU